AUGGUUCUCGAGGCGACAAUGAUAUGCAUCGACAACUCAGAGUGGAUGCGAAACGGAGAUUACUCUCCCUCUAGGUUACAAGCUCAAACCGAAGCUGUCAAUCUUCUCUGCGGUGCCAAAACUCAGUCGAAUCCGGAGAACACUGUGGGGAUUUUGACAAUGGCAGGGAAAGGAGUUAGGGUCUUGACUACGCCUACCUCUGAUCUUGGCAAGAUCCUCGCCUGUAUGCACGGGCUUGAUGUUGGAGGAGAGAUUAAUUUGACAGCAGCGAUACAGAUUGCUCAGCUUGCUCUUAAGCAUCGUCAAAACAAGAAUCAACGCCAACGUAUUAUUGUUUUCGCUGGAAGUCCAAUCAAGUAUGAAAAGAAGGCCUUGGAGGUUGUUGGGAAAAGGCUUAAGAAGAAUAGUGUCUCUAUUGACAUUGUUAAUUUUGGUGAAGAUGAGGAUGAGGAGAAGCCUCUGAAACUAGAGGCCCUUCUUACUGCUGUCAAUAACAAUGAUGGUAGCCACAUUGUUCAUGUUCCUUCUGGUGCCAAUGCUCUCUCUGAUGUCCUCCUCAGUACACCUGUAUUCACUGGUGAUGAGGGUGCAAGUGGGUAUGUUUCUGCCGCAGCUGCUGCAGCUGCAGCCGGUGGUGGUGACUAUGAUUUUGGUGUUGAUCCAAAUAUUGAUCCAGAGCUUGCUCUCGCCCUUCGGGUCUCCAUGGAGGAGGAGAGAGCUAGGCAAGAAGCUGCUGCUAAGAAGGCAGCCGAUGAGGCAGGUCAGAAAGAAGGGGAUACAGCUUCUGCCUCGCAGGAGACGGUUGCUAGGACUACUGAGAAGAACGCUGAACCAAUGGAUGAGGACAACGCAUUGCUAAAUCAGGCAAUUGCUAUGUCCGUAGGUGAUGUAAACAUGUCAGAAGCUGCGGACGAUGACCAGGAUUUGGCUUUAGCUCUGCAAAUGUCAAUGAGUGGGGAAGAGUCAAGUGAAGCUACGGGUGCUGGAAACCUCUUAGGGGAUCAAGCUUUCAUAUCAUCUGUUCUCUCAUCUCUUCCAGGGGUGGAUCCAAAUGAUCCAGCGGUUCAAGCGCUGCUAGCGUCUCUGCCAGACGAAACAAAGCGUAACGAGGAGGAAGAGAGUAGCAGCAAAGGUGAGGAUGAGAAGAAGUGA